UGACGCUCGACGCCGACGGAUGGGAUUCGCUCGAGCGAGACGAUCCGACGGCUGAAAGCACUCGACUCCGCCGUUUCGUCGCUAGUAUCAAGGGGUCAACAGCAGCAGCAAAGACGAGGGUGAGGGGAGAGAGAGAGAGAGAGAGAGAGAGAGAGGAGAGGCGAGGAGAAGAAGAGAUUGGAGGUCUCUGUCGUUUUCUUGCUGCUUUGGUUCUUCAACGAAGCGUCCUUCGAUGGUGGUGGUGGUCGCGAUCGACGCGAAAUCGAAGGGGUUCUGAGAUAUUCCCGCGGGAAUUCCAAGCGGACGCAGCUAGCUGGGAGAGUCACGAAUCCCGAGAAAACCCUCGGUCUAAUCCGAAGAGAUUUCUUUCUUUAUUUGUUUCUUUCUCGCCCUUAUCUGAUGGCUUGGCUACCUCUCAUCUAUCCGGCCAUCGAUCUGAGAAAAGGUUUGGGAUAAAUCAUUUGUCGAGGUUGUUUUUGUGUUAUGAAAUAUUUAAGGUUUGUGAACUUUCUGUAGUUUGAGUAAAGAUGAAUAUGUCUGAUAAUGGUCUUUCUGAUAAAGAGGGUACCAAGUUAAAUUUGUGGAAUAAAGUUACCACUUUAAAUCCCAAUGCUUUGGAGUUUAUUCCAUCAUCUCUGAAAUAUGCAAAAAGCACCAAAAGCUUAGAUACAAAAAAGUUUGAUGGCCUAGGAUCUUCUGGAAAUUCAGUCUUUAAUCAGUCAGGCUCCACUAUAUCAAACAACUCAGAAGUUGAGGCGAAUCCAUACUGGUACCAUCAGCUUCCUGAUGAUAUCAUCCCUGAUUUCAAAGUCAUGGCAGAAGAGUUGCAGGGACCUGGAAAUCUCCGAAUUGCAGAUCUGUCCUUACAUAAUGCUGUUGGACCAUCAAGACUUACAGGAUCAAUGGCCAACCAAUUAUUAGGUGUGAGGAAAGAUGUUCCUUGUUUUACAAGUGAAAAUCACCAUUUGAGUGAAAAGAUAUGUGCUGAAGAAAAAUCACCAACUGCGUUCAUGGCUUCAGCUGCUAGUUCCUGGGGCAAACCUUUCAUAAAUGGUGAAAAGCACAGUAGAAUUGGAAGGAUGGGAUGCAGAAACGAUGGGGAUUUUUGUGCUGGUCCAAUAAAUGAUUUGACAAGUAAUAAUAUGCUUCUUGAGAAUGCAGCUGUUGAUCCUAUCAAAUAUUUGUCAUCAUGCUUUCCCGGUUGUGAUGCUCAGAGACUAGCCAAUGUUUACUACAAGAAUGGAUGUGACUUGAACUCCACAAUUGAGCUUAUAAGUCACUACAUGCAUGAGGUUGAUAGUGGUUUUGAUCAGAACCUUAAUGUGAUGUCAUUGGCAUCCUCAAGAGUUAGCAUGCUGGACCCCACUGCUCUGUCCUUCGCAGAGACACAUGCACAAAGCGGGUCAUCAAAGUAUAAUAGGGAAGAUACCCAACAUAAUCCCAUUAUGCAUAGAUCUACCUCCAGCAUAUCAAAAGGUGACAUGAAAUUUGCAUCAACCAUUAGACAACUUGGGUUGCAGGAUUUUCAUCGUUCGAGGUCUGAUAGAAAUGGUUGUGCCGACGGCCAUGUUGGCUCAGGUAGAACCAUUCAACUUUUAGCUAGUUCUCUUAAUGGUCAUGGUAAAACACUUUAUAAAAAUAAAAGUGCAGCUAAUUCAAGUUCUGGUUGGCUCGAGACUGAAGAUGCAGUGGAGUCAAGAAGGGAAGAUCACAAUGUUGCAACUCUACGGAAUAAGUGCUUUGAAAUGGUAGGUGUUCUGGUUUCUGGGGCAUCAUAAGUUAUUUAUUCAUCACAAUUCCUGUUAUAAUCAUUUCUGAGGAUGACUUUUGUUAUUGCUCUAUGCUUGAUAAUUGUUGUUUGAUGUUCGCGGAAGCACAUUCUCUCUUCUCAUCUUAAUAAUAUUCAUGGGCAUCUCUAGUGUACUGAUAUAGAUGAUAUUCAACUUAACCCUUUGAUCUCUUAAGGGUAGCACCGCAAGAAGAAUGAGGAAUUGUAAUGCAACGCAUGGAUCUGCGUAUUUAUUAGAACUUAAUUUUAGUGUUUCUCUUGUUUAUGCUAGCUAUACUUGGACAGCAUUGUGAAUCUAGUUGCAUCAUUGGAAAUGUUGAACCACCUGGAUUCUAAAUAUAUUCAAGUUAGUCAGAGAGCACAACUCUCCACCUCAUUUUUGUUCCAUGUUUUCUCUGUGAAGCUUUCUGUCAUUUUCUGAACUUUGGCUUCAAUUUAGAUUCCUCAACUGAUUCUUGAUUUGGCAGUGGCCUCAUUGUUAUAUGUCUUUCAUCCUUUGCAACAACACUGAUCAAUUUCACUGGCAUC